AGAUGAUUAUCACAAAUUUCAUAUAGCAAAUAAAAUUUAAAUCCCAAGAUUCUUUGUUUAAAAUUUCCAACUUUUUUUUUAUCAAAAAGGGUUUCUUUGGGCAUCAUAUUUAUAAAGGCUACUAAGGAUUAAACCAUACCGAAAAGUUCAGUCUACGAUUACGUAAUUGUUGUAUUAGAUUUACUAUCCUAAAUAGUAAAUUAAUGUUAUCCGUCAUUCAAUUAUUCUAAUUUUAAUCUAAUGAAAGAAGAUGGAAGUAAAUCCAGGGCAUUGUCAAGCUACUUGAGAUAAAUCAUUGUUGAAUGGAGAACAUUUUAAAGGUGAAAUUGAACUUAUAAUCUCAAAAAUUGAAGCGAACUUUGAAAACGCUUUGCUUUUAUUUAUAAAACAGAUUCCAUUAUAAUCCAACCUGCUUGAUAUUCCCCCUCUAUUUUGUUGUUUCUUCCAUUUGGAUCCUUUUUCAACGCUCCCAUUCUCUUUUUAGUGGGAGCCUACUUUCUCCAAGUGUCAUGCCUGCCUGCCUUCACCAAUCCCUCCUUAUCAUUUGGUCAACUCAAAACCCUUUGAGAUAUCAGUCACUAACUAUACAACAGAUUAUGCCCAACAUGCUUCCAACAAUGUCAAGACACCCUUCCCACAAACUUUCAAUAUCCCCCUAUAUAAAAACCCUACCCCCUCACCUCUUUUCUUUCACCCCCCCCCCCCAACAACCUUUUCUUCUUUCCAAUGGAACACCAAGUUCAAACCCAACAAAAAGGCAAGUUCAAGGAGAGGAGAAACAAGUUUGUUGGUGUAAGGCAAAGACCAUCAGGGAAAUGGGUUGCUGAGAUCAAAGACACUACACAAAAAAUAAGGAUGUGGCUUGGUACUUUUGAAACAGCUGAAGAAGCUGCUAGAGCUUAUGAUGAAGCUGCUUGUCUUCUUAGAGGUUCUAAUACAAGAACCAAUUUUGCAACUCAUGUUCCUACUGAUUCUCAUCUCUCUUUGAAGAUUAGGAACUUACUUAAUCAUAAGAAGAGCUUGAGGCAAGGGAAGAAUAAUAAUAGUAAUAGUACUACCAACUCCAACAAAAUCACCAUUAAAGCAAGUACUAUUGUUGGCAGUAACGACAGUAUUAAUAGUAGUAUCAGUAAUGCUGGUACCGAUAAUUUUACGUGUAAUUCGUUGGUGUUUGAUGGUGCAUACAGGCCCGAGUUGAGCGGUUUUGUAGGGGAACUUGGACUGGAUCCGUCGCAGUUGGGGCAAUCCUGGAUGAUUCCAACAGGGUUUGAUCAGAUUCCUUUAAGCCAAGGACUGGAGUUGCCGCAAGAAGUUGGUGUUUUGCCUCAAGGGAUUGAUCAAGAGCUCAUGGAAUUUGAACGCUUGAAAGUAGAAAGACAGGUAUCAGCAACUUUAUAUGCAAUGAAUGGGGUUAAUGAGUACCUUCAAAGUGCAGCAUUUGAUCCGAAUGAUGCUAUUUGGGAUCUUACUACACUUUGUCACUUAUUCUGUCAAAGUUGAUUUCUCUCUUUCUAACUAUGAAACUAGAGGCUGUUUCUGUUCCUAGUGUUUAGAAACAACAAUUUUCAAUGUCUGAAAUGAAAACUAUUGCUGUUUCAGUUA